UUCUGAGUCAUCAUGGUAUAUGAAUCGUCCUAUGAGACUGGGCGCAAACCAUUCAAACCCGAUUUGCAGCGCGGAAAAUGGGAAAAGCCCACGGAUUUCAUUUUCGCCUGCUGUGGCUUAGCCCUCAAGCUGGAUAUAUUUGUGAUCUCCUAUUGGCUAUAUUUCGACAUGGGAUUAUUUGGCAUAUUACCCUAUUAUUUCUAUAUGGCCAUCUAUAUGGUUCCGCUGCUGGUGAUCCACUCGUUUAUGGGUCAAUUCUCUAGCAGCGGCUUCAUCUCCGCCUUUCGUCUGUCGCCGUUCUUUAAAGGCAUGGGCUAUAUAAGUAUCUUCCUGAGUGUUGCGGCUCUGCUGUUUUAUGCCAUCUUUGCCGUUGUGCCACUUGUAUACAUUUUCCACUCACUGCGUCCCACUUUGCCCUGGAGCUGUGAGGCAAUGGCAAAUAUGAAGAAUGUGACCACGAUGUGCAAUGCUAAUCAAAGUGAUGCGGAUAUUAUUAACUCGCUUGCGGACAAUAGCUCUGAAGUUAUGGUUGAAUACGUUGAAGCGCACAUACCUUCAGUGCUGUUCUUUAAGCAACAUUUUCAAACGAACGUCACCUCAAUGAUGAUCGAAGAAGAAUCCAUAACUAUGUCUUGGACAUUGGCGGGACUUUCGAUUAUCGUCUGGGGGGCGAUUGCUGGCAUUUUCAAAUACUGCUCAGAUCCUGCCACGUUUGGCAAACUACUGCGAUACAUGAUAUUGACUACUUUGGGCAUUAUGCUGCUUUGUCUGGUGCGUUUUCUAUUUCUGCCCGGCGCUUUGGAUGGCCUGCUGCACUAUGUGAAGCCUCACCGGGAUGGAAUGGUUGGAGGUACUUUUACCAUGGUCCUUGUGGUGCUGCAGGCUUUUGGAUCUGGCUGGGGCAGUGUCAUGUCGCUGGCCAGCUUCAAUGACUUCAAAGCCAAUAUUAUGGGCUACAGUUGGGUUAUUGCUUUUGGCCAGACCCUUGCCUACAUUCUCUUUGGAAUGGUCACCUUCAUUUUGCAACAUUACUUUCAAUCAAUAACUGUCCGCACUUACGAUCUAUUUGUCGAAGCCAAUUGGGUGUUAUACUUAUCGAGUGCCAGUGCCAUGGCCGAAAUGGAGUUUGCCAACUUAUGGACCAUUCUCUACUACUCAAUGCUGUUGAUUGCCUCACUAGUUGUGAUCAUCACACAAAUCUUUACUGUUCUCACUAGUCUCUUUGAUGAGUUUGAGACGCUGCGCGCGCAAAAGGAGAGGACUACGUUUAUUUUCAUUGGUUUACUGGCUUUCUUUUCAUUCCCAUUUUGCACAAAUCACGGUUUUUUGGCCUUUUCGGCAGUAUCCGUUGACUCGUUAAUCACUUACAGCGUUAUGCACUUUAUGUUGAUACUCGCGGUGCUUUGGAUAUAUGGUCGAGAGCGAUUUCAGCGAGACAUUGAGUUUAUGCUGGGCCAACCUUUUGCCUCAUGGAAGAUCUUCAUAUUGCGAUUUAUUGCUCCGCUCUUUCUGCUCUAUUCCUUGCUCGUGGGAUUGUGGAUGGCAAUCAUGGAGCAUAUUUACCAAUCAACACCACUCAUGUUCAUCAGCUUUAUUCUGGUCAUUCUGCCAAUAUUAUUCAUACCGGGCUAUGGCGUCUAUAUUACGUAUGAGAAUACUGGAACAUUUUGUAAUCGCCUUAGACGCGCUUGUCGCCCAACCGAUUGGUAUCCGGUGGAAAUGGAAAAUCGCCAACAAUACGAGGAAACGUUGGGAAACUCUGAUCUAACACAUCAACUGUAUGAAGUAACCGAGGAGGAGGUUAAUUAAUUUCUAUGUACAUACACAGCAAAUUGCAUUUGCUUUACUUUCUGUAUAAAAUGACAUUAUACUCGUAUCAAUACUAAAAUUUACAAACAAA